CGACAACAGAUAAAGUCAAUCCAUCCCGAAAGUUCCACCGUGAAAGUUGGAAUGAAAAGUUCUUUUAUACUUAAUAUAAUUCAUGUGCUUGGAAAGUGUCAAAAAAUAAAUAUUAAUUAUAGUCAUUUAAUGACAAAAUAAGAUCAUUAAUUUGUGUAUCGAAACAACAAAAAAUGUGUAACUGAUGUCGAGCAUAAAUGAUUUAAUAUUGAUCCAUUAAAUACCAUAUUUAUUUAAAAAGGAAUCAUUUAAAUUCUUAAAAGUGCCCUGAAAACUCGCCAAAAAGGUUUCACGAUUUCAUGCUUCAAAAUGAUUAAUUAAUUACGGCUGAGGAAAAAAGUAUCAAAGCUUUCGCAACAUAAAAUAACAAAAGCGAGUCUUCCAAAAAUUAUAAAUUGGAUUUCCUUGCUGUCUAUGUGAAUAGAAUUUUUGGAUUAAUACAGAAUCAACAGACAGUGAUGGCUCAAUGCUCAAAAAAUCAAUAUAGAACAAGCCUGCCAGCACCAAUGUUUGAGAAGCAAGACAUAAACAUGAUGUCGAUCCUUAAAGGAUGCAUUGGGAAGGACUUAAGCAAAAUAACAAUGCCUGUUCAUUUCAAUGAACCUCUUAGCUUCCUACAACGAAUGGUUGAGUACAUGGAGUAUUCACAGUUAAUGCGAAUAGCAGCAGAGCAAACAGAUCCGAUAAAUCGCUUGAAAUAUAUUGCUGCGUUUGCUGUAUCAGCUUUAGCAUGCAAUUGGGAUAGAAUGGGAAAGCCAUUUAAUCCAUUAUUGGGUGAAACGUACGAGAUAGAACGUCCUGAGUUCCGUUGCCUGUGUGAACAAGUUAGUCAUCAUCCACCUGUUUCAGCUUUUCAUGCUGAAUCACCAAGCUUUCAAUUUUACGGAUCUAUUUAUCCAAAAAUUAAAUUCUGGGGGAAAUCUAUUGAGAUCCAGCCGAAAGGAACGCUGACAGUAAAAUUACCAAAAUGGGACGAGACUUAUUCAUGGAAUAAUCCAAAUUGUACAAUACAUAAUGUGAUUGUCGGUAAAUUAUGGAUGGAGCAGUACGGAACAAUUGAGAUUGUCAAUCAUCAAAGUGGAUUAAAAGCAAUUUUGCAAUUUAAAGCAACUGGCUCUAUACACAAGGAUUUACAUCGAGUUGAAGGAACAAUAUUAGAUGGAAACAAAAAAAAGCUUUUCCUUUAUGGACGAUGGACGGACGUACUUAAAUGCACAGAUUAUGAUUCAUACGAAGCUUAUUUGAAGGAUAAUCCUAAUAGAUUCAAGCGUUCUGACGGAAGUAAAAGCCCUAAUUCUGAAUCACCAGCUCAUACACCAAGAAAAGUAUUUUCUAAGCUUAAUAGCUUGAAAAUGUCCUCAUUCAGAAGUCUCUCUAUACAAGAUAAUGACGUCCAUGAUCAACCACACGAUAAAUCACCGGAACCAGAAACGGUAGAAAUGAACAUUCCAAAAUCACAAUCUACUUACUCAAUUGAAAUACCAAAUUCUGAAACUUUAUGGACUGUUGAUCCUCGACCGGAAAGUAGUGCAAAUUAUUUCUCAUUCACAAAUUUCGCAAUGUCGCUCAACGAACUUGAAUCACACAUGACAAAUUUACAGUCAACAGACUCUCGACUACGACCUGAUAUUAGAAAGUUGGAGCAUGGGGAUGUUGAAGGAGCAAUCAUUGAAAAGAAUCGUUUGGAAGAGAAACAGCGUGAUACUAAAAAAGCUCGAAAGUCCAAAAAUGGUGGAAACGAUGAUUGGAAACCAAGAUGGUUUAAGAUUCAGCACAAUUCAAUUAUGAAGCAAGACGAUUGGGUUUAUGCUGGUGGCUAUUGGGAAAGUCACUGAAAUACGGACAUUGAUUUGUUUUAAAAGCUUUUUUUUUUUGUUGGACAUUAAUAUUAUCAGCAUAGCACAACUAAAAACGAAAUCAUAUCCAUUAUAUUAUAAUAGAAUUAAAAUACAUAAACACAAAUCAGUAUGAAAGUUGAGAAGUUUUCAAAUAGCAAUAUUGUUAUUCACACAAUUAAGUAGGACGCAAGGGAAUAAUCACCACAUUAAAUCAAGUUAUUAUGGACGUAAAAUUAUUUUUUUGUUAAUUAAGCUGAGUGGAAAAAGUUUAAAAAGUGUUAAAUUAGAGGAUAUAGCGUAUCAUAGCGAAUUAAAGGAGAAUAUGACCAUAGAGGAAUCGAUGUAAUUUUUAAAAAUUUAAAAUUUAAACAGGAUGUUUGAAUGUGUUUAACAAUUUAAAUUUAAAACACUUUUAAUUAUUUUAAAAUUAUUUUGAAGCAUAAAAUUCAAAAUUUAUCUGACA